UGAACAAAUAUUGAUCAAGCUAAUGGCUAAAAUUAAUUGUUUCAUUCAGCAUGGACAGUUGUGUUGUAGCAUGGAUUAAUUUUCCAUAAAGAUAUUUUAGGGGGCAGAUUUAGCUCAAAAGCUCAAAAGAUUGAAUGAGUUACUUUGUGGAUGUCUAUACAGUCAUUGAUAUUUGAACAGGUGAAGUAUGGCAGCGCUAGCACUGGAUCAUGGCAGGGAGCCCGAGGUUGCAAGGUUCAUUGACACAUACAAGUAUGACCAAGAAGUGUCGUCCAAAAGAAACAAAUUUGGAGGUGGAACGAGUCUGCCUUUGAACAGCGAUGGUUAUGAAGACAAGCAGAGAGCCCUGAGAGAGGAAAGACAUGCAGACUGGCUGAGGCAGCAAGAAAAGCCGGCAGUGAUAAGAAAUGCCCUUGUGGAGCAGCAACGUGAGGCAGAGCGUCAGAAGUUCGAGGCUCGGCGCCACUCUCCGCAGCGUGCUCCCCAGCCCCCAGGAGCCCCAAAGGUGGACUAUGACCGCAACAGUGAGGUGGCCAAGUCAGAGGACCGCAAAGCCUACCAGGACUACAUGGGCAAAUACCAAUACUCCCAAAGCGCUCCUGUAAAACCUCCCAUAAAUUAUGAGGAGAACAGGAAAGUGUUAAAUGAGGAGAGGAAACGGGAAUAUAAUGAAUUAAUAGAGAAGAAAGCCAAGGAAGAGCGUUACUGGGCUAUGCGAGGUCGACCAGUGACUCCUCCAGGCGGUCUUAACAUAGGAAACUACGAUAGACAACUCAAGGAAACAGCUCCACAGAAAAAGAAGGAAUAUAAAGAAAUGUUAGAUCAGCAAAAGUCCGAACAGUUGCGGUUGCGUGCAUUCGAACGCCAGGCAGAGGUGUCGCCCAGUCACGUUAAUUACCGUGAGGAAGAGCGCCCUCUGGUGGGCUCUCCAAGGGACAUAAACUAUUACUUGCACGAGAAGGAGGAGAAAAGAGACAAGUUUAGACGAGAUUUAAAAGCCCGCCCUGCUCGUCAGAGACGACCCUCAGACAACGAUACUCAACUUAUCUCUUACUCCGAGGAUCCGCAUUUCAAAGUGUUUUUAGAAGUGGAGCGUGAAAAACGCCGGGACCAGAAACGUUAUGCUGAUGAACUUCUGCAGCAACAGAGAGAGCACAUGUACCUUAGAGCACGACAGGAACCUGAAGUGUCUGUGAUGGAUAGGUCCGGCCCUCCAGCCCAGUAUGUGCCCACAAAACCACCCCCAGGACCUGGAUACAGGCCCAGAGAGGAGCUUGCUCGGCAGAUCCCCGCGUACUGGAACGAUGGGCAGCAGUCACGGGGCGCCCACUCCCUUGACUCCGAGCCCCCUCAUUCACACAUGUCCCACACUGGCACCCCAUUGGCGUUUAAAACUGAUCAGGGCAGACGACCCAUACCAGAACGUCCACGCCAUGGGCAACCUCCGUAUCACGGGGAAAAGAACGAGGAACUUGAGAAAACCUUGCAAAAAUCAGUAAAACAAGGUCAAGGUCAUUUUCAGCCGGCAAGUACGCCCCCAAGACCAAAGAAUACAGAGCGACAGAGGACACCGCCUGAGUGGCUCUCUAAUGGCCUUGGUCCUGAACAGAAAGAAGAGGAUCUAGUUGCGACUGUCGGCACGCCACUGGCAUUCAAAACCGGUUACCGUCCCUCACACCAGCCCCCCUCACCCAUGACUGAUCCGGCACUCAAGCAGGAACCCCUGCAAGAUAAUCAGCGACCCAUUUACAACGACCUUGACCUGAACACAGAUAGACCAAGGUCACGCCCAAGGUCACGCCCGAGGUCCAGAGGGUCUCAAGAGCAGACAAACCAGACAUCCCCGCGCCGACAGAAAGCGACAUUGUAUGUGGAUAAUGAAGAAGUGUUAGCCAACCGAGAGAAGGCCAGCAAAGAACGCCAACUGGAGUAUAAUGAGUUUCUAAAGUCAAAGAACGAGGAGCGUCGUCGACAGGAAGAGGCACGUCACAACACGGGAAAGCCAGCGGAGGUCGUGCGUAACCCGUACUACAGCUCAGAUGACUAUGAGACAUGGCGUAGAAAGGAGCAGCAGAAGCUGGGAGAUGAAUACAAGGAGUUCCUGAAAGAACAACCCAAACAUAAAUCACCCCGAGAUAUUGAUGGCCCUGUGGAAGGUCUCCAGGGUCUAAAUAUUGAUGUCACAUACCACCAGAAGAAAAAAACAUGGCUUGAAAUGCAAAGAAAUCGUGAUUAUAAUGCGCAUUUAAAGAAGAAGAGUCAGGAGCACAGAAAUCGAGAAUGGAACUUUGAUCAGGGCGGAGUCCUAGAGCUACGCGGGGAUGAUGCAGUGCAGAGCAAGCAACGAGAACUGAGGGCCGAGAGGCAAAAAGAUUACGAGAACUACAAGAACCAGACGAGGUCGAAACAGAAUCGCUCUUGGCCUGAGCCAAGUAGUGAUCAACCUCUAAUCACACGAGGAGCGUACGAUGGACUUAAGUCACUUUACGACGACGAACGCAGGAAAGAUCUGCGCAUUUCUCUUGAACGCAAGCGUGAGCAUCAAAAGGACGCAAGUCCGGGCAAAGUACAAGACAUGCCCCAUGAUGCCUCGGACGAGGUACCAUUGGUCAGCUAUAUGGGACAGUAUGACACCAAGAGACUUCAGUUCCGUAAUGAACGCCAUCAGGACUUCAAGCAGUUUUCCAAUCAGAGGCAUAAACAGCUUCGCAACCCACACGAUCAUUUCGUGUUUCCCACUGUGGCAGUGGCGGAGAAGCCAUUGGUGGCUCACAUGGGUCGCGAUGUUGAGCAGCGGCGCAUCGACCUGCGAGCCGAACGUAAAAAUGACUACCAGCAGUACCAGUUGCAGCAGAAGAUCAUGAAUCCCCAGCGUCGCCAUGACUUUGUGGACACUGCAUCUGGUCCGUUCAAUGGACUGUUCCAGGGACUGGGUGAGCACGGCACGGACAAGGAGACCUUGAACCAGCAGCGUCGCCAAGAGUACAAUGACAAGCUCGACCAGCAAUUUGGCAAGGACAAGCCUUCUGGACGGCCCAACUGGGUCAAGGAGCCCCUACCAAAUGUAAGUCAGCUAGCUCCCUCACUGCAUGUACAUACCAGCAUGUUGUGCUUGUGUGACCUGCCUUGCAUGAGCAGUCAUGAGCAAUCUUAACUAAGCAAGACAGCUUCUUAAAAAACAAU